AUGUCAGGCCAAGAGACUCGCCAAUGGGUUCUCGCCAACUACCCCGAGGGUGAACCCGUCAUCGAAGGAGAAAACGCAACCUUCAAACUGCAAACCACUACACUCCCCCCACCAGGACCCGAAGAAGUCCUCCUCAAGGCCCUCUACUUCUCCAAUGACCCGGCCCAACGAGCCUGGAUCAACACCAAAAUCGAGCCAGAGCGUCUCUACGUUCCCCCCGUCCAAAAGGGCGAAGCAAUGCGCUCAGGCGCCAUCUGCGAAGUCGUAACUUCCAACAGCGACUCCCUGAAGCCCGGCCAACUCGUCAUAGAUUUUAGCCUCAGCUGGUCCGAAUACCUCGUUGUCCCCGCGAAAGCCGUGCGCCCCAUCCAGACCGACCCCAGCGGCGCAAUCCGGCCCACGCACUUCAUGGGCGCCCUCGGCGGCACAGGUCUAACAGCGUACUACGGUCUAAUCGACAUUGCGUGCGCCACUGCCACCGACACGGUGGUUGUGUCUGGGGCCGCGGGCGCCACGGGCUCCCUCGUCGUCCAAAUCGCAAAGCACAUUGUCGGUUGCAAGCGCGUCAUCGGUAUCGCGGGCGGAGCGCAAAAGUGCAAAUGGGUCGAGAGUCUGGGCGCAGACGCCUGUGUCGACUACCGGUCUCCCUCGUUCAAGCAGGAUCUCCGUGCUGCGACUGAGGGAUACGUCGACGUCUACUUUGAUAAUGUCGGCGGCGACAUCUUGUCGCUUAUGCUCACCCGCAUGAAGAAGUUUGGUCGCGUUGCCGCUUGCGGUGCUGUAUCUACGUAUAAUACCGUGGGCGACAGCGGCGUCAAGAAUUGGGCUGAGAUUGUUAGUAAUCGCAUUGAGGUCAGGGGGUUUAUUGUGCUGGAUGCUGUGGAGCAAGGGAAGACAGGCGCUAUGAUUGGGGAACUUGUCAAGGCGGCUAAGGAGGGCAAGAUUCAGCUGGGUCCUGAGACGGAGACGGUGGUGCCGACGAAGUUUGAGGAUGUGCCCAAGACGUGGAUGAUGUUGUUUAAUGGGGGCAAUAAGGGCAAGUUGGUUACGCAGUUGACGGGUUAA